GCCAAGGUCGUAUUAAUAAUGAUUUCCUACCGGUGUGAGUAAAACGGUCGUAGGAUCGUUUAAUAAAUCCCCCGUUUUCUAUGCGUAGGCACAUUCUUAAUUCCGUUCGAUCUUCCCAUUCAACGUUCCGGAAGAAAGUGAACUGAUUGAAUGAUGAAUAAAUGGCUCCAGGGAACGCAGAGUUGUAACACCUGUUACAAGUGUACUAUACCACAACAAGAUCACAAGGCCAAUCCUACCUGGACAUACCGGACCAGUGACGACAGAGAAGGACCUGCUACCUGGGCUUUAAGCUAUCCCAUUGCUAAUGGACACAGGCAAUCCCCUAUUGAUAUUCUUUCUAGUCAUACAACCUUUGAGCUUGAUCUUAAGCACCUCAAACUGAAGUACAACCCAGCCGACUCCAUAGACAUCCUGAACAAUGGUCAUUCCUUCCAAGUUGUCUAUGUGGAUGAUACUGACAGCUCAACACUGACUGGAGGGCCUGUCACCGGCACAUACAGGCUGAAGCAGUUCCACUUUCACUGGGGCUCCACUGACGACAAGGGCUCUGAGCACACCGUUGAUGGGAAACACUUCCCUGCUGAACUCCAUCUGGUGCACUGGAACAACAAAUACACCAGCUUUGAUGAAGCCACUAACCACCCUGAUGGUCUUGCUGUGGUUGGAGUGUUUCUGCAGAUUGGUGCUGCAAACCCCAAGCUGCAGACUGUUUUGGAUUCCCUGGCGGCCAUCCAAACAAAUGGGAAGCAAACUGCAUUUCCCAACUUUGAUGCCCAUACUCUACUGCCUCCCUCACUGGACUUCUGGACAUAUAGUGGCUCCCUGACCACUCCCCCUCUGUUGGAGUGUGUCACCUGGAUCGUCCUGAGGGAACCAAUCAGUGUCAGCUCUGCCCAGAUGAGUGAGUUUCGCAGCUUGAUGUUUAAUGCGGAUGGACAGCCUCCAUGCUGCAUGGAAGACAACUUCAGGCCCCCUCAGCCUCUCAAUGGACGCAAGGUCCACCGCUCUUUUCAUAUCUAGAAAGACCCUCAUCACUGUCCUCGUGCUGAUUUUAGUUUCUAACUCAAUCACUCAGAGAAAUUUAUUGGGUUCAUUAACUACAAGAAUUUACUGUUUUCAUCUCUCAGUAACCAAACAUAGUAGAUAUCCUACAGAGAAAAUCUUGAGGGAAAUAUAAAUGGUUUCUAUGCAUUCUCUUUUGGACUGGGUCCCAUUGAUUGCUGUAUUGUUUGACUUGAUCAGGUUUUAGGUUUUAUGCUGAAAAUAAAAAUUAUGCAAUUCAACUUAAUGAUUUUGUUCAACUUAAUGAUGUUGUUGAAACUGCUCAUUAAAACGUAUCUCCCAAGUUCAUCAUUAUGUCUGAAAGGCAUGUGAGUGGUCCCAGGGUGGUCCAGCGUUCGAAGACACUGCCUCUGGUGCACUGCUACGGCAUGGGUUUAAAUCCAAUGCUCUGUCAUCAAACUCUCCUGUGUAUACCCACUUACCUGUCAAAUAAAAUGGCGUGUGACAUCA